CAACGGAGCGAAGAUCGAGUCAGAGGGAAGAUGAUAUAAACACAUUACUGUUCUCUGAAAGCAACCAGACACACAUCUUGGUGCACCCUAAAAUGUGAAACCAGAGACAGUCACUCACUCUCACGUCCCCGCUGCCCGACUGGCAAGAGAUUGAAUCGGGGAGAAGUCGCUCCUAUUUUUAGCCCCACGCUCGAUGGAAAAGCAAACAGACAGUAGCUGCACGCGCAAAGACAGAAGGAGAGAGAGGGAGUCUGUGUGUGUGUGUGUUUGUGUGUGUGUCAGAGAGGCAGUGAAAGGAAGGGAGGAAGGAGGAGUGACUUAUUUGUGAAGUUCUGCAACUUUGGAUCACUGGCUCACUGCUGUUUGAGGAGCACACAUGGCCGGACUGGGCACAGGGCCGAGCUGAGAGGCUUUCUCUGCUAGCUCUUAAUCACUCUACAGCUUUUUCCCCCUCACAUAUUAGAAGACAGUUUAAGUUCUCUUUUGCACGCUGACGUGCUACAUGGAUGCCUCUGUGCCUUCCUGAGGGAGCUGAAGCUAAAGAAGGGGCUUACUGGACGAUUGCCCCGCCAUGGAAUGUUGUAGAUCUGCGUACAGGAUCUUAGGAAGUUUUUCUUCCCCCUCUCGGGUUCGGGGCUGCGGGUCUGGAUCCGAGGAGCGCCUGCGCUUCUUAGAAUUCCCACAGAGACUGGGAACGUCAAACUGGGAGGACUGUGGUUCCGGUAGUGGUUUAAGAGACAAGCAGCCACCUCUGGCCAUUUAAACGCACGCGCACAUUUUUUGCACCUACAGUCAUCCAGACGAAGGAAUUCAGGAUGCGACGCUUUGACAAGCUGAAAAAGUCAUUCCCCUUCCUGGCACACUUUCACGUAUAUCGAAAACUGGGCAGUAGCAUGCAGUGUGAGGAAGGCACAGAAUGGCUGCUAGAGCUGCUGAUGGAGGUGCAGUUGCAGCAGUACUUCCUGCGGAUACGAGAUGACCUUAACGUCACCCGGCUGUCGCACUUUGACUACGUCAAGAAUGAAGACCUGGAGAAGAUUGGCAUGGGUCGACCUGGACAGAGACGACUGUGGGAGGCCGUGAAAAGGAGGAAAGCCAUGUGCAAGCGCAAGUCCUGGAUGAGCAAGGUGUUCAGUGGUAAGCGUCCAGAUGGAGGAGACUUCCCCCAGCAGGGCCAGCCGGCCUCCUCCUUUCGUAAGCUGUCUCCCACACCUCCACUGGGCCUCGGGGAGGGCGUCCUGGCCACACAGCCUGGUGGUGGCGCUCCUCUUGACGGGCAGCAGCAGGCUCUGACCUGCCUCAUCCCAGAGAAGGACCUGACGCUGUUUGAGAAACUGGGCGACGGCUCCUUUGGUGUAGUGAAGAGAGGAGAGUGGCUGACACCUUCAGGGAAAGUGCUGAACGUAGCUGUGAAGUGUCUGAAGACAGACGUGCUCAGCCAGCCCGACGCUCUAGAGGACUUCAUCUGCGAGGUCAACGCCAUGCACUCCCUGGACCACCAGAACCUCAUUCGCCUCUACGGUGUGGUGCUCACACACCCAAUGAAGAUGGUGACCGAGCUGGCUCCUCUGGGUUCUCUGCUGGAGCGUCUGCGAUGUGUUCGUCCACAGGGCCCAGUGUUGAUCCACACUCUGUGUCAGUAUGCCGUACAGGUGGCCUGUGGCAUGGCCUAUCUGGAGCAGAGGAGGUUCAUCCACAGGGACCUGGCAGCCAGGAACAUCCUGCUGGCGUCGGCUCACAGAGUAAAGAUCGGGGACUUUGGCCUGAUGAGGGCGCUGCCCAACAACCACGAACACUAUGUCAUGCAGGAGCAUCGAAAGGUCCCCUUUGCAUGGUGCGCCCCGGAGAGCCUGAAGACCAGAACGUUCUCCCAUGCUACAGACACAUGGAUGUUUGGAGUCACUCUCUGGGAGAUGUUCACACAUGGCCAGGAGCCUUGGCUGGGCCUCAAUGGGAGCCAGAUCCUGCACAAGAUCGAUAAAGAAGGUGAACGCCUCCCAAAGCCUGAGGACUGUCCGCAGGAUAUCUAUAAUGUGGUGCUGCAGUGUUGGGCUCAGAAACCAGACGACAGACCCACCUUUGUCGCCCUGCGAGAGUUCCUGCUUGAGACCAUGCCCACAGACAUGUGUGCUCUGCAGGACUUUGACGAACCCGACAAACUCCUGAUCCAGGUCAAUGAUGUCAUCACCAUCAUAGAGGGGAGGGCAGAGAACUACUGGUGGCGAGGUCAAAACAAGCGGACCCUUAAGGUCGGACCUUUCCCCAGAAACGUGGUCACAUCAGUAGCGGGUUUAUCAGCUCAUGACAUCAGCCGGCCGCUGAAGAACAGCUUCAUCCACACAGGACACGGAGACAGCAACCCUCAUCGCUGCUGGGGCUUCCCUGACAGGAUCGACGAUUUGUACCUCGGUAAUCCCAUGGAUCCUCCUGAUGUCCUGAGUGUGGACCUCAGUAAUGCUCGGCCCACGCAGCUACCAGGACGAGCUAGAAAGGAGCCUCCGCCCCGCCCUCCUCAACCAUCAUUGUUAAUCAAGAGUAAGUCUGGUUUCUCUCAGCAGCUCCUCACCCAUUGCUCCUGCCCUCUCUGUUCCCUCCUAGCUCCACUCCUCAAAGAGCCUUGCUACGAUCCAGUAAACGACGACGAGGAUCUGACUUCGGCAGGACUAAAGAGAUUAUCGCUUCGUAAAACGGGUUCUGUGAAAGGCUUAAAACUGAAACCUGCUGCCUGGGUCUCUGCCUCCAAACAGAGUGGCGGCCGGAUUUCAGGCUCAGGCCACAACCCCAACAGUGAAGUGUCCCUCAUUGACUUUGGGGAGGAGUUCCCCUCGCCCACACCGUCCCCCUCCCCUGUGAUUGAAAUUCAGAUUCCCUCACUGGCAAAGCUAGCGUUGAAAGCAGAGAACAUCCUGGACCGGACUCCACCUCAGAGUCCAUCUAAAUCAUUGCCCCGCCCCCUUCACCCAACACCUGUAGUGGACUGGGACGCUCGGCCUUUACCUCCACCCCCAGCCUAUGAUGAUGUAGCCCAAGACGAAGACGAUAUGGAGGUGAGCUCCAUCAACAGCUCGGAGCAGCAGCAUGAAGAGGAGCAGAGUGAAGUCCAAUACCCAGAUGAGACUCUCUACUCUGGACAGAAGGUGGAGUGUGACGCUCUUGUCUCCAGGGGUCCAGACAGAUCAGGCCUGGAGGACAACCUGUUUCUCCCCAGCAAGCAGAGCCAAGGUCUGUCCACCUCCUUCUCCCAGUCAGCAGAGAUCUUCCAGGAACUCCAGCAGGAGUGCAUGAGAAGGCUCAAUGUACCGAGUGGAAGUGCUGCACGGUCGAGCUCGCCAUCCCAGAGCUCAGUCUCAUGUCCUCAGACUCCACAGACACAGGAGGGACACCAGAGUGUCUUCUCCUCCAAUGAGGACAGACCCCAGAUCCCCCCACGUGUCCCCAUCCCCCCUCGCCCCAUAAAGAGGGGUGAUUACACAUCUGCUCGUUGGUCAAGGGAUCUCUCCCUGUCACCGACGCCAGCUGACACCACAGAGGAGGUUUCAGGCUCAAACCAGGAACGACCACCUAUGAUCCCUCCCAGGGACCCUUUGUCCCAGCCGGGCUCCAGGACUCCCAGCCCCAUGGGCCUGGUAGUGGGCUCCCCCCAGCAGAGAGUGUACUCUGUCAGCCCCACCACCAUGCAGGCUCCUCUUACCUCCUGCCCCCCCACACACACCUACGGCUCCUACCUCUCCACAUCUCCGGGUAAACUCAUGCCUACCACACACAGCUUUGCCUCAGAUCCUAAAUAUGCUGCACCCAAAGUGAUCCAGGCGCAGGCGCAGGGGAAGGACGCCGCCAGCAAGGGCCCCUGUAUCCUCCCCAUCGUCCGCGAUGGACGUAAAGUCAGUAACACUCACUAUUACCUUCUACCAGAGCGGCCCCCGUACCUCGACCGCUACGACCGCUUCUUCAGGGAGGCAGAGAGCCUGCCUGCCAGCGGUGUGGAGGAGAGGCCUUUACGGCAAGCUAACACCGCCACCGUCAGACCCAUGGUGGUCAGCAGCCAGACUCUCCAAGGACACACCCAGGGACAGGGGCUCGUCCAGCCAGGCGAGCUGAAGGCUAAUUUCUCCUCCAACAAUAAUAGCAGUCUGGGUGGGCUUCGGUCAGGGAUGAAGACAUCAGUUAGUCUCCCUCGCGUCUGCUCAGACGGGCUGACAGCGGCGGCAGUCACUGCUUCCUGCAUCAGGACAGACGGAGGAUGGAACUCAGCUGACAGGGUCAAAAUGGUGCAGGAGGCAGUGCACGGUGUCACAAUAGAGGAGUGCCAAGCUGCCCUCCAGAACCACAACUGGAAUGUCCAGAAAGCUAUUUAUUAUCUAAAGGUGGAGCAGUUGUUCUGUUUGGGUCUGAGGAGCAGGUCAGAGUGUCUAAAGCUGCUGGAGAUGUGUGACUGGAACCUGGAGGUGGCCAGCACUCAGAUGUUAGAUAACUAUGGAUCCACAACAAGACAGAGACGGUGACAGAGAUCAGAAGCCGCCGAGCUCUGAUUGGAACUUCAUCCUCAGUCAAACAUCAUCAGAGGAGGUGAAUCUGCUCCUGAUCGUUCCCAUACACGCUUCAGACACGCCUCCAAUCAGAAGACUGUUAUCUGACCACAGAAGAAUCAAGCACACUUUCACUGAACUAGCACAAAAUACCAAACUUUACGACGGCUCCAUUCGUACUAAACAGGGACAAAAGACUUCAGCCUGGGAGCAAAAAAUAUUUGGUCUGAAAGAUAUGUGAUUGUUGCACUUAAUAAGAAAUUUAUAGACCUCCAUGUACGCCCUUUUUUAAGUCGUUCAGAGACAAAAAUGACACUUUUUUCAAUUUCAUUUAGUCAGCCUGAAACAUGUCACUCUAACAGGUUCCCAACAGAAUCACAGAUCCUGGGUGCUACCAUACUGUGUCAGAGCCACUUACUGGUAUCUUCACUGCCGCUAUUACACUGUUGACCAACUGCAGAGAGACACUCUAACCUUUCUUUUGUUAAUGUUAGAGAGCUGGUUUGAACAUGAAUGUGAAGAGGCCACAAUGAGUUAAACAGCACAAUCUACACAGUAGGUCCACACUUUCCCACCAGGUCACUGUAUUUAGUCAGAAUAUGCCAAGAACUGGUUCAGUGUGACUGAACAGUGUCAGGAUUUAACCGAGAUACUGUAGUGUUAACAGAUUUUACCUCUGCCACAGAAAAGCACAACAAAAUACAAAACUAGAGGCGCACCAAUAUUUUAGAUAAGAAUUUAGCUGACAGCCGAUACUGAUGUUUAUUUUGUUUUGUUGUUAUUUAUUCGCCCCUCUGUACCAGGGAAACAAAGAAAUCUUUACGUAAAAAAGUCAUUCAGCCCUUCAUUACACUAUCAUUAAAUGAGCCCAAAUCUAAUCAUACAAAUUUAUGAAACAACCUUUAAAACAAACAAAUUCUUAACAUAAAAAACAUAUUUUAAAAACAAGUGCUUCAAAAGCCAUUUCACUAUAGUUCCCUCUCUAAUAUCUGUCUUAUGUUGCUGUAAAAACAUUAACAAACAAUAGUUUCUCACCAAAAGCUAAAUUUUACAAGCUAACAUUGAAUGCAUCAUGAGAACAUUAUUAUUUCCCUUCACCCGACACAUAGAGCUGGAAUGCAUCACAAUGUAACUCAGUGCAACCUCCAUUAGCUGUUAGCACCGGCUACCAGCUGCUACCAGCUAACAUUAACUUGCUAUCCUCCUGCUGAUGUCAAAACGCAUUUGAUGUUCACAGUGUAGCAUUAUUAGGGAAACGAUAGAGUGUGUCCCCUGAUAGUGAGUUUACAGGGGGGCUGUGGGUCAGGAGCCAGAAGAAUGGCGGUUCAAUCCCCGGCUCCUCCAGUUCGCAUGUCGAAGUAUUAUUGGGCAAGAUACUGAACCUCAAAUGCUCCUGAUGUCUUUGUGAGCACGUGUGAAUGGUAACUGAGUAGCAGGUGGCACCUUUUACUGUAGCCUCGGGCACCAGUGUGUGAACGUGUCUCGUAGUGUAAAAGCACUCAGAGUGGUUGGAAGACUUUAAAAGCACUAUAGAAGUGCAGGUCCAUUUGUCCUUUGUUCCGAAGGUGUCCUGUGGAAGAUCUCUGUUUGUCUUAAACAUGUUUGCUAUUGUCCUCGAGACAACGGGACACUGUUAGUCUGGAGCUUUGAUUUGUAGCCUGCUCAAAAUUGAUGGAAAUGGUAAAUGGACUGCACUUGUAUAGCGCCUUCGUAGUCUUCCAAUCACUGAACGACUAUUAUACAGUGACACUGACACCAAUAACUACUAAGUGCUUUGUUGUGGGGACACACACCAAUUUGCUUUCAGAGCUAAUAGACCCACAGAGGACGCCAUUGCUACAGCUCCCCACACCACCCUGACCCACCUGGAGCAGCAGGGCAGCUAUGUGAGGCUGCUCUUUAUUAAAGUGCUGUAACACUACAUGUCAAAUUCAUCCAUUCACACACACAUUCAUACUCUGGUGCCACCUGCUACUCAGUUUUUAAGACACUCACAGCCAUCAGUGGCAAUUUGGGGUUCAGUAUCUUGCUCAAGGAUACUUUGACAUGUCGACUGGAGCUGACAAUGUGUGCCCCCGUGUGACAUGACACAACGGAGAACAUCGGCCACUGCCACCUGCAUGUCAUCUUAUUUGCCGAUAGCGGUCAACAGGGCGAAUAUCGGCUGAUAAAUCGGUGCAUCCCUUUAACAGUUAUAAAGAGGGGUGUGGAUGAGAUGAUGAAAACUGUUUGCUGCUGAAAGACUGUGGGGUCCAAAAAAACAUGGAACAGAAAAAUUUCUCUACAAUUAGGUAAAGCUCAUAUUCUCCCCCACAAGUGUUGACCUGAAUCUAAAGAUUUAAUGGAAACAGAUGAUCAGGGAAGCAGUUAGUCCAAGUUCUACUUCUUCUACAGACCCACAAAACUGUCAAAUAUAUAAUCAAAGAGUAUAAACAAUAUCCCCUUUAUAAAAAUUUAUGUUUGUUAAGAAAAUACUGAUAAAUUAUUUUAAUAUAUUUUGAACACAGUGCUCAGAGACAAAAGAAGACUGUUAUGUUCAUUACAAGCCACUGUAUAAAUUAUUCAGAUGUGUCUCUCCUCACGAUAAACACUGAUCCAUGACUGCCGCCACAUGUGGCUCGAGAACAAAAAGGCCACGCAGUCAGUGGAAACUUCCUGCGCCAAGAUACAGUCUCUCCUUAUUCCUUCCCUCUAAGCACUUUGCCCAAACAGAACUCCUGCACAUCAGCUGAAACUCCUGCCAGCUGGGGGUUUUCUGCAGACUCCGUUGGCAGCUAAUAACAGCAACGUAGUGAAAUUCACCCCAAGGCACAGAUCCUGUCCCAUAAUCAUCAGUUAAAACCACAACUGUGAUAUUUUGGUCAGCAGCUUUGGGGGCAAUAAUUUAACACUGGGAGGACGUGUCAGCUCUGUGCGAACUCACUGCUGGAUGUGACAGUACACUUUGUGACUAGGUAUUGUUGCAGCGGAGCCCCUCAGCUGUGAACGCAGGAAGCUUUCAGGCGUUUUGUUCUCUGGUUUUAUUCCUGGGGCCAGAUGCGUAAAACUCUGCAUAGAUUCAUGACUGUGUACGCACGGACAGAAAUGUGCAUGUGCAUUCUUUUGGUCAAAUUGCGUAUGCAUGCGUCUGUUUUAUCUAUCUCCAUCAUUGUGAAACUGAGCACAACCUGCACAAGCCCAACAUGGUGUGUCCCCCCCUCUAAAAUUCACUUUCCUUUAGUCAAUCACAUCAAAAAAACAAUACUUGACAAGCAACUAUGGUCGACUCAACACACAUGAUCUUCAGGUGCUAUUGAAAGAAGAACUCUUUGCCAACUGGUACCAAACUAUUUAAAUGACAAUAUAAAUGAUUACCCUUGUGAACUCACUGGCUCUGCGCCCACCAGCCCCUCAUGUCCACGAAAACCCCAGUAUGUGACAGGUCUGAGCUCAGUUUGCUCGUGCACAAACUUCAAAUGGCCUCUGAAAAGCAAAUAUGGAUCCACAACCAGCCGGCUAUCUGCCUGGGAACAUUAAGAGUCUUUGAAGAAAAAUAAAAAGUGUGUUUGGAAUUUAUUUCUAAAGGAUGUACAGGACUGAUUUUGGAUGACAACCUCCAGUAAAAGCUUUCCUCCCGUGUGCAAUAAGGCUGCUGUGAAACCUGUAACCUCCCAGUCUGUCCAUCCAUCAGUGCCAUGCAGCUUUCAUCUCUGUCAUCGUGUGUCCCAAUAAGUGAAACACAGGAAACACUGUUCUCAGUAUAAAGUGUUUGGUGACUCCGAUUUCCUCCCCACAGUAGGAUGAAGUUGUCCUUAAACACUGAUCCAGUUUUGCCAGUUUUCCCCUCUGAUGUGUGUUUGGGUAAAGCUGACUGUUAACCGGUGCAAGAGGACGACUGGAUGUGAGUGCGGCCCCCACAGUCUGUUCAUGUGUUGUUUGUCUUUAUACGAAGCUGCUGUAGUUGUAUUGAAGGACUGAAGUGAACCUUGUGGUGUUAUGAUCAACCUGAAGCAACAUUCUCCUGUUGUGAUGUUGACACUCUGAUGUUAGAAAUCUCUGCUCAGUUCUCUUUAAUCUUUGUUACUUCAGAUACCGUCUGCUAUGUUCAGUCAUUCAUAUCGUUUUUGCUGUUUUUCUUUUCUCCUUCAAUCCAACUUGCCAUUUCUUCCUCAUUUGUAAGUAUUUGCUUCCCAGAAUGUGUUUAUGUUUAAUGCCUACUGUACAGUCGGUUCUCAUUAUUUCUCCUCUCCUGGGUUGAUGGAAAUGUUCAAGAAAAGUUCAUGCUGCCGAAUUUAUAAAUGUAUUUUUUAUUAAAGAAUUAAUUAUUUUU